AGUCAGUGAGUGAACUAGAGCGGAUCAAAACUUGUCCGCUGUGUACAUACGGCAUACAGGGGGAAGUGCGGUCAGCCUAACACUUUGUUUUUGUUCUUCUGAAGCGGAUUAACCUUUCCUGCAUUUCACGUCGGACGACUGAUCAGAAGGGACGAGGGCGAAAGAAAGAAAAAUGCCGCUUCUCCACAGAAAGCCGUUUGUCAGGCAGAAACCGCCCCUGGACCUCAAGCCCGACGAAGAAGUCUUUCUGUGUAAAGUGACACAUGAAAUCUUCAGGAGCUACGAUGAGUUUUUCGAGAGGACUAUCCUGUGCAACAGCCUGGUGUGGAGCUGUGCUCUGACCGGCAAGCCGGGCCUGACCUACCAGGAGGCUGUGGAGAGUGAGCAGCGGGCCCGGCUCAGUCUGCAGAGCUUCCCUCCAGUGCUGGUGAUCCCACUGCUGCACCUGGCUGCCCUCACGCACCGCACGCGCCUACAUGAGCUCUGCGACGAUGUCUACAGCUAUGUCCGGGAGCGCUUCUUUGUCGGGGAGAUGGUGGAUGUGAUCAGCCGUGGUGGAUUCAGACAGCAGUGUCGCAUCUUGGAGGUGCAGUCUCCGUAUUCAAAUGGGGCAGCCAAUGGCCAUGUCCAUGCAGCCAACGACCACACAGAGGGGGACACCAUUGUCAUCAGUGACAGUGACGAAGAGGGCUGCUCCAACGUGGUGUCCUCCAAGUCGUCAGUCAAUGGGAAGGCAAAAGUGUGCAUUGAUCCAUCAUUAUUCAAGUACAAAGUGCUGCCCAUCGGCACUGAAGGCUGCGAGCCCCUGUUCGUAACAGCCAGUCACAUCAGUCGUAAGAAGAACCUCUUUUCCCGUGACCGACUAAAGCUGCUGUUGAAACAACACUGUGAGCCCCAGAAUGGGGCCAUCAGGCUCAAGCCUGCUACAAUUGGCAAGUACAAGAUAUUGGAACAGAAUUUCUCUCAGUUUUUCCCUGAUGAACCCCCGGUGUUUGCCUUCAGCCCCCCCGGGAAGGGUCGAGGUCGCCGUAUCAACGGCAUCUUUCCCGGACAGAUGGACUUCCCUGUGAAGGGAGACGGCGUAAUGCAGGCAGCCGAGGAGAAACUCAGGCUGAUGCAACAGAAGGAGGAAAUGAUGGCCCUGGCACAGGAAAAAGCCAAGCUAAAGAAGGAGCGGGAAGAUGCCUGGGAGGCCAGAAAGAGGGAAAAGGAGGACAAGGAGCGGAAGAGAGAGGAGUUGAAGAGGAUGGUGGAAGAAGAGAAGCAGAAAAGAAAGGAAGAGAAAGAGAGGAUGAAAAUCGAGAAAGAGAAGGAGCGAGAGAAGCUACGGGAGGAGAAGAAGAAGUUUGCGGAGCAUCUGAAGCAGUGGAGCCGGCGGAGGGAGGACAUGGAAUGUGAUGACCUUAAGGAGCUACCACCCCCGGUGACCGUGAAAACCCGGCUACCCCCUGAGCUCUUUGGAGAUGCCCUCAUGGUGCUGGAGUUCCUGCAGGCAUUCGGAGAGCUUUUCGAUCUGAAAGACGAAUUCCCAGACGGGAUCACCUUUGAGGUGCUUGAGGAGGCGCUGGUGGGCUGUGACCCGGAGGGCCCUCUGUGCGAGCUCCUCUUCUUCUUCCUGUCAGCCAUAUUCCAGGCCCUGGCUGAGGAGGAGGAGGAAGUAGCCCGUGAGCAACUGACUGAGGCGGAUGCUAAAGAUCUAACUGAGGCCCUGGAUGAAGAUACAGACCCGACACAGUCGGCCAUCAGCGCGGUGGCGUCACUGGCUGCAGCCUGGCCUCAGCUCUACCAGGGCUGCAGCCUGAAGCAGCUGGACCUGGACAGCUGCACCCUGUCUGAGAUCCUGCGACUGCAUAUCCUGGCUUCCGGUGCUGACUGCAACUCUGCCAACGCCAAGUUCCGGUACCAGAAGCAGGGUGGCUUUGGUGCCAUGGACGACGCCUGUGUGGAGCUGCGGCUGAGCAACCCAGGGCUGCUGAAGCGACUGUCCUGCAGCGCCGUCUAUGACCUGCUGCCCGGAGAUAAGCUGAAGAUCCUGCAUGCACUGUGUGGCAAGCUGCUGACGCUGGUGUCCACGCGCGACUUCAUCGAGGACUGUGCUGACGAGCAGCGGCAGGCCAAGCAGGAGCUCCGCGAGCUCAAGGCUGAGCAGCACCGGCGAGAGCGUGAGGAGGCUGCCGAUAGGGUCCGGAGAAGAAAGGAGGAGAAACUAAAAGAGCAGGAGCUCAAACUCAAGGAGAAACACGAAAGGCUCAAGGAUGAGGAGCGGAAUGGCUCACACCUGCCAGAGGAUAAUGCUCCAGAAGAUAUGGACACCAGCACGGAGAGUCACACCGCAGUUAAGGACCACCCUACAGAGGAUGAAGAUGACCAGAUGUCUCCCAUCAAAACCAAGAAAAUUAAGAACAGUCCAGAAAAGAAGCCAGUGGAACCCAAGGAUGCUCUGACUCCAGAAGAGCAGCAGCAGAAGGAGAAGGAUCUUCAGGAGCGCAUCCAGAAGGCUGCUGCCUGCACAUACAUCCUGCCUCUGGGCCGUGACCGCCACUAUCGCCGCUAUUGGCUGUUUCCCUCCACCCCUGGUCUGUUUGUGGAGGAGGACUUCUCAGGUCUCACAGAGGACAUGCUGCUACCGAGACCUCCUUCUGAGCUCAAAGAUGAGCCGCGAUCUGUGCCAGAGAAUGCCGUGGAACCUACUGACAUCACCACGGACUCUGCUCUGCUUCAGAGCUGCGGGCCUCCAGUGAACCGCCCCAACCUCUGGGCCUUCUAUAGCACCCCUUGGCAAGUGGAUCAGCUGAUUGAGGCGCUGAACGGCCGUGGCCACCGGGAGAGUAACCUGAAGGAGGCACUGUUGCAAGAGAAGGACCGCAUCGCACAGAUCCUAGGCAUCUGCUCAGCUGAGAGGUUCCAUCACCCAGACAAACCAAUUGAAGAGGGCAAAGUGGGCACAGUGAGGCCAAGGAAUGUGGCGGAAGGCUCGUCCACUGCGGAGCGGCACAUGGAGAACCGGCUGAAAGACCUGCUGCUUGACAUUGAGGAUCGCAUCUUCCAGGGCACUCUGGGAGCUGUCAAGGUGAUGGAGCGAAAUGCUUGGAGAGCUGCACUGGAGAACGGUCACUAUGAGCUGCUAAGUCCUGACCUCAGAGAGAACGGGCCGGCAAAACCAGAGCAUAGCGACGUGGCCCCCAUGGAGGUGGACGACGGCCAUGUCAGGGUGGCAGGGAGGGACCGGUUACAGGAACUGAAGGGCGAGUGUCUGAGUGUGCCAUCUACCAGCUCCAGCACCCCCCAGCCAGUGAAUAACUGUGUGCACUACCUGGCCCGGGCGCUGACCCAGAUCGAGCAGGGCAUUGAGCGGAAGUUCCUCAAACCACCACUAGGGGAUGAUGAUGUGAAAAAAGACCAGAAAACCAAGAAAAAAGAAAAAAAGAAAGAAGAUGACCUGUCAAGUGAAAAAGAUGACGGCAGUGACAGCGGCCGCGCCUGCAAGACGGUGCAGGACCGCUGGCGGGAGUCCCUGCUCAGCUGCUCCAGCCUGUCGCAGGUCUUCCUGCACCUUUCCACCUUGGAGCGCAGCGUUGCCUGGGCCAAGUCCAUCCUGAAUGCCCGUUGCAAGGUGUGUCGCAAGAAGGGCGAUGCCGAGAAUAUGCUGCUGUGCGACGCCUGCGAGCGAGGCCAUCACAUCUACUGUGUGCGACCCAAGCUCAAGGCCAUCCCUGCCGAGGACUGGUUCUGUCCGGAGUGCCGUCCGAAACAGCGCUCCCACCGCCUUCCUUCCCGCCAGCGUUCCUCUGUCGACUCAGAAGAGCUGGAGUCAGACAGAGGGGGAGAGGAGGAAGAGGAGGAUGAAUCUGAAGAGGAGCAGGAGGAGUCAGGGGAAGAAGAGUCUGAGGAAGAGAAAGAGAGCUACCCUAAGAAAGGCCGAGCUACAGUGAAGCUUCCCCUAACAACCAAGGGAGGGAGGGCAAGCAGCAAAUCUACCACCCGGCAGACUGAUUCCGGUCGCUCCACCCCCCGUAGCCAGCAGGCAGCACCAAAACAGUCUCCUGCUGCUGCAAAGGGGGGCUCAAAGUCCUCAGGGAAGAAGGGAGCCAGUGGCUCGAACAGCAGGCCGCCUCCUAGAGUGGGGAGCCGGAGCAGUGCCCGCCUGAGCCAGGAGAUGGUGUCCUGCAAUGCAGCUGCGGCUUCCAAGCCAGCGGACCAGCAGGGCACCCCAUCCUCGAGCAACUCCACCCCAGACAGGCAGGGCAAUGGCCGCAAACGAGCCGCCAUGGAGGCGUCUCCCAAGGCGAAGGUUGUCUUGGCCACAUCUGCAUCCACCUCUAACCGCCGCAGUUCAGGACGAAACCAGGGUGUCCACGAGCUGUCUGCCUGUGAACAGCUGACUGUGGAACUGGUCAGACAUGAGGAUAGCUGGCCCUUCAUGAAGUUGGUGUCCAAAACUCAGGUGCCGGACUACUAUGAUAUCAUUAAGAAGCCCAUUGCUUUGAGUAUAAUCAGGGAAAAAGUCAACAACUGUGAAUACAAAACUGCCUCUGAAUAUAUUGAGGAUGUGGAGCUCAUGUUCACCAAUUGCUUAGAGUAUAACCCACGCAGCACAAAUGAAGCAAAGGCUGGAAUUCGGCUUCAGGCUUUCUUCCACUCGGAGGCACACAGGCUUGGCCUCUCCCCUCAGGGAAGUAACCAGGCUGGACCACCCCAGAAACGCCCCAAAAUCUAACCUGCAACAUGACUCUUUUUUUAAAAAAAAGACAAAAAUUAAAAAAUGGCUCGACAAAACGGCUUUGGCCGACAGACAUUUAAGCCCCUGAAGUGGAAGGGAGAAGAAUUAUGGCCUUCUAAGUUGCUCUGGACCCUAAUUACUGUGAUCUACACUGUAAACCUUCUUUCCAUUUAAAAAAUGACUCAGGACAAAAGAAUUGUGGUAUCAAUUUUUUUUUAUUAUUAAAAGCGCAUUUAUUUUGUAUAUUGGCUAAAUUUCGAAACAUGACUACUUUUUGUAUAUUUUUCUGCUUUUGAAUUUUUUUUUCUUCCGCUGUUUUAAUAAAUUAAUUAUUGCAUCUCGAAGGAACUUUUAGGUGUUUUCAUAGAGCUGACCUGACAGUAAAACAAGUAACUUAAUAUUCAGGUUCCCAUCUUUCUGUGCGACACUACAGAGGAACCAAAAUCAUUUAUUCCUGUGUGACAUUUUCUUAAACCGAGUAGAUAUUUAUUUAGUUUUGAAAUUGCUUUGAGUUUAAGGACCCAAUCGUAUUUAUAAAAAUGUUACUAUAGGAUGUUUGUCUUGCUUGGUUUUGUAAAGUAUUCCCCUAUUAGAACUCUACUAAAGCAGUUCAAGGAAUUGGUUUUGAUGGUGUUUUUCCGUUUCAAACACGUUGUCCUGUAAAGUUUUUUUUUUUUUCUACAUGUAAAAAUAAAUUGACCUUGUUUAAUA